CGGGGAGAGAGAGAUAGAGAGAGAGCCUGACUCCCAUCUGAGACGGAGAGAGAGAGAGAGAGCCUGACUCCCAUCUGAGACGGGGAGAGAGAGAGAGAGAGAGAGCCAUGGGGCCGCGGCAGUCUAAACGCCUCCCUGAUGAUCUCACGCACGCCGCCAGCCCCUUCCAGGACGCCCACCACCCCCACCAGACGGGCCGCAAGGCCAGCAGCAUCAGCACGCUGGGCCGCGGACGCGAGGGUGGUGGAGGGCCGGGGGCGGCGGAUCGUCUGCGGCGCCACGCGGUGCGUCACCUGGGCUUCACCACGCUCAGCAUGGCCAUGCGUGGCCUGGAGGAGGUGCCGGCGGAGCUGUGGGAGGUGCGCGAGCUGCAGAAGCUCAACCUGUCGCACAACUGCCUGAGCGCACUGCCCCAGGGCAUGGCCCGCCUGCACAACCUGGUGCUGCUCAACCUGGCCGGCAACGAGCUGGCCAGCCUGCCCGCCGAGCUGGGCCUGCUCCGCAACCUCCGGGUCCUGUUCGCCUACCGCAACCAGCUCAGCGAGGUUCCAGAGGAGCUGGGUGCCUGCAGCAAGCUGGAGGUCUUGAGUUUGGCCAACAACCAGAUCAGAAGCCUCCCAGCCAGUCUGGGCUCCAUGCACCACCUCACCAAACUCAACCUCAGGUUAAACCAGGAGCAAUCAGAGAUGGGAACAGACUGUAUGUUGUGGCCCGAGUUUGAGAUGGGAACAGACUGUAUGCUGUGGCCCCAGUUUGAGAUGGGUUCAAGCACAAGGAAGGUCUGCCAGGGAUGCUCCUCAGAUCAAAACCAAGCAGAAGCUUCCGGAAUCACCACUGGAGACCUCAGAACACAUGCUCAUGGACUGGAGACUCAGAACACAUGCUCAUUGACUGAAGACCUCAGAACACAUGCUCCUGGACUGGAGACACAGAACACAUGCUCAUGGACUGGGGGACACAGAACACAUGCUCAUUGACUGGAGAAUCAGAACACAUGCUCAUGGACUGGAGACUCAGAACACAUGCUCAUGGACUGGGGGACACAGAACACAUGCUCAUGGACUGGAGAAUCAGAACACAUGCUCAUGGACUGGGGGACACAAAAUAGUGGUAGCAAUUACUGACAUUUUUAAUAGAGGCAGAUUAUCACAUAAAAC